GGGAAGAAAUGAAAAUCCACUGGGAUCUCGGAAUCACCUUCAAGGGAUCACAGGAAAUUUUCGCAAUUUUACCAAUAACCUUGGGGUUAGAACCGAAAAUUCCGGCCAUGAUAUGACUGCAAUUACCACCACCAACGAUCGUAAUCACAACCUUGGAGGGUUGUCUUUGGAUCUUUUGAGAGAUAUUAUCGGUAACGGCAAGCAUAUUUGGUGUUUAAAGAAUAGAUGUUUAUGA